AUGACUUCGUCCCAGAGUCAUGGCAUCUCCCCUGCGUCUGUGGAAACAAUCGCAGGCCUGUCCGCCGGCCUGGUGUCCACCAUCAUCGUUCAUCCUCUGGAUAUCAUAAAGACACGGCUUCAAGUCGAUACCUCCGCUCAUCCUCUCCUCAAUUCUUCCCGGUCUGUCCUGCACGAUAUCCUGCGUAACGAGGGUCCGACUCGAAUUGCCGCAUUGUACCGUGGUCUUACUCCGAAUCUGGUGGGUAACUCUGCUGGAUGGGCUUUAUACUUCUUAUGGUAUCGAGAAGCUCAAGAUGUCAUCCGUAAGAUACGAGGUUACAAACCUGGUCAUCAGCUUACGUCUCUUGACUACCUAUCUGCAUCUGCAGGUGCCGGCAUGCUCUCUGCAAUCCUGACCAACCCAAUUUGGGUAGUCAAGACACGCAUGCUCUCUACGUCCGCCUCUCAGACGGGAGCAUACACUGGCAUGGUAUCCGGUCUGCGAUCGAUACUCAGAACAGAAGGCAUUCGCGGGUUCUUUCAUGGAAUGACGCCUUCACUCUUUGGAGUCAGCCACGGAGCUCUGUAUUUCGUGGCUUACGAGAGGCUGAAAAUAUGGCGCAGACGGGUCAAGAAAGGUCAGCCCUUGUCCAACAGUGAUACCUUGAUCACCUCUUCGCUUUCGAAGGUAUUUGCCGGUGUCGCAACCUAUCCGCACCAGGUGGUUCGUGCGAGGUUACAGACCUAUCGUCCAAGUGUUGUCGCUCAUGCAGCAAGACCAGGUGUGAUUGGUCUGAUCAAACAAGUUUGGUACAACGAAGGCCUGGUCGGCUUCUAUAAGGGACUAUUUCCUAAUCUCCUCCGAGUGGUGCCGAGCACUUGCGUCACAUUCUUGGUCUACGAGAAUGCUAGAUGGAGUAUCCCGAGGAUCUUUGGGUCACAGGAAGAUACUGCCGAACUAGGAGACGCAAGAAACUAG